AUAAAAUAAUAAUAAACAUUAUAAAUAUUGUCUUAUAAAUAUUUAGACCAAGUUUUUCAGUAGUAUUUUAUUAAUUUUAUCUAUUUAAUUCAUGUAUUUUAGAUUCAAUUUAUAAAAAAUUUAAGAGGUCAGUAAGAACUAUAUAUUCAUAUUGGUCCUUAUAGAAAAACAAUACAGUCUUUAGGGACUUUAUGAGAAAUUAAAAUAAUAAUUUAAUAAUUGUUCAAAAUUUAAACAUUACAUUUGAAACAUAUUAUUACAUAAUUAAAGCAAUAUAUUCCUAAUAAAAGGUAAAUAGAAACUGAAAGAUUGAAAAGCUUGGUCUUGAAGUUAUAUUAUUAUUGCUCUUAUCUGUCGUUUACUGAUAAACAAACUGAAUAUAUUUUCUUUUUUAAAUGUUCGUGUAAAAAUAAACAUUAAAAAUUUUAGAAAAAUGUCUUAUUUGUAAAACACAAACGCUAUUCUAACUGUCAACUACGUGUUUCUAGAUAUGUGUCAAAAAUAAUAGCUAGUACAUGUAUAGCAUAAUAAAUUAAAAAAUAAAAAUAGCGGUAGGUUAAUCGAAUGUAACUAACGAAUAUCCCACUACAUUAAAUCACAAAGGGGGGGACUUCAGAGUAUACGAUCAUUAUUUAGCACUAUGCACUUUACCAUUAUCAUUCAUUUUUAUAGUCAUUGUAAUUCAUUGUUUUGAUUAUCUUCGUUAUGAAGCUGCAGGAAUGAAGAGUCGUAUAAAUAUUAUAAUUUGAGUAAAUUGCAUCGAAAAAUAUUAAAACCGAAAAGAUAAUUUUAUUUUAUUCUAUUGAAUUAUGUUACAAAUAACAAUAAGUGUUUUGAUGUUAGUUGCUUCUGUUUGUGAUUUCGCCCAUUUACGAGGAACGAGGAAAAUUUUUUCAAUUUUUUGUGGUACAUUCAGAGGAAGAGGUUUGAUACAAGAUGCAUUGCUUUUUGGUUUGCAAACUGGUAAUGUAACACGAGAAGAUUGUAUAUACAGAAGAGAUUCGAACGAUUCAUGCCCUGGCGAUGAUAUUUUGUUUCAUUAUUAUACAAUAAGAUAUACGGCUAACGGACCCAAAACUGUAAAACAAAAAAUCGAAUUUAGAUCACCUGCAUGGCUUCACUCCAGUGGAUGGGAACAUUCUCUACCGACUGUUCUUAUAGUUCACGGGUAUGGAGGUGUUUCUCAGGAUUUUUUACCCGCUGCUGUGCUGAGAGAUGCUUAUUUGUCGAACGGUAACUAUAAUGUAUUCCUAGUAGAUUGGGGAAGACUUUCAGCAAUACCUUGUUACGGUGCUGCUGUUAAUAACAUAAGACCAGUGUCCAAGUGUAUAGCUUUGAUGCUCUCUCAUUUGCGAAACGCUGGACUGAAUGUUGAUCAGUUAACGUGUGUAGGUCACAGCUUAGGUGCACAUGUUUGUGGUGUGAUAGCCAACUAUUUACCUUUUCGGAUGCAUAGGAUUAUCGGUAUAGAUCCGGCAAAACCAUUAAUUAGAAAUAGGGCUGCUGGACGACUGGACCCUGGAGAUGCAAACGUUGUUCAGGUUAUACAUGCAACGGCGAAUUAUGGAGAUCUAAGCAGGAUGGGACAUGUCGACUUUUGUUUAAAUGGUGGACAUAUUCAACCAUUCUGUUCUAAUGCAUCUAAUGUUGAAUUGUGUAGUCAUUCACGAAGUGUGUGUUACGUCGCAGAGAGUUUAAAUCAAAAUUUAGCUCGAAAAGCGUUUCCUUGCACUAAAAGAUGUUUAGGCGAUGGUUUAAAUCGACCAAUUGUUAAUUCUCUUGGUCAAAUACCUUAUGUUUUAUUGGGACAACAUACGCCUGACAGGAUCAAAGGAGUAUAUUGUGUUGUAAAUACAGACGCACCAUAUUGUUCUAAAACCAAUAUUAAUGGAAGUCCGUACUGUUGCCCACCAAUAAAAAACAGAGGGUCCAACACAUUUAGGUGCUGAUCCAUCGUUAAGUUCAUUUCAAAAUGAACAUUGAUUUAUAGUAAGUUAUUAUUAAAAAAUUUGUAUUUUGUUACUCUUAGCAUUACAAAGUAAAACAAUACAAAAAUGUGUUCAUAACUUCUUAGCUUUAUUGUCUUUACACAAAAUGUACAAAAUAUCUUAAUUAUAACGACGCUUUAUUAUACAUUAUAUUUAUUGUAUAAGUUGACAUAACAAAUAUAUUAUAAUAUUGACAAGAUUGUUUUAUUUGUUUGAUAUUAUCAAGCUUAGUGUAAUUGUAUUAUGAUAUUAAUUUAUAAUAUGUUGUUUAUACAUAUAUGAUGAUGUAAUUGUAACAUUAGAAUAAUGUUUUUGAUUAUUAUAUAAAAUUAAUUAAUUUAUAUAAUUUUUUAUAAAGAAUAGAAUAAAUAUAAAAAACUGUGUCUAUAAUGUACUUCAAAA